AUGCGAGGUAAACUCCAAGAAUCGCCGAAUAUUUCUCGAAAAGCAGCAGCCAUCAUUACCAUUAGGAUGUCUCGCGUUACGCCACUGAUCGCGAAUCAGAGGGUAAUGCAUGUUGAGUUAUCGUACGUGAGUGAGUUCGACUACCCUAGCAUUCCUCCUAACACAUAUUGCGCUAUGAUCAAAGUACAGGCCCUCAGCGGAAUGUCAGGAUCCGAAAAAUCGAUCAGACCGAUCAGACAAUUGUCUUUGCAACCACCUGCGCCUCGUCGUCAGCAAAUCAGGCGACAAAGAUCUGCAGAGGAUGACAAAUCGCUGCAGAUCUGUGCGAGUCCUCUCGCACGUGGCAAGCGUGGAACGAGCGGUAAAACUGGCUCUGAAAGACCUAAGGUUCGCGUUGCCUGGAAGGAAAACCGUCGAAAGAACGAAAAGAACGAAGAGCUUGGGCAAGUUGAAGUGGUGGCUCGUCAAAUUCCAGGACGAUCCAGAUCCACUACUGGAAGAUCGAGAGGUCUCGUCGGCACUGAGAAACCAACGAUCCUUUAUUCUAGAUUAGAACUAGCGGAGAGGCUGAGGCUCGCUUGGGAAUAUCGUGAGAGGAAUAAAGCCAAUAUUAAUAUUUUUCUAGCUCACGAGCCUAAAAUCGAAAUAUCUCCUGAUGACUAUAAAACGCAAAAUGAGAAGGAAGGAAAAGAAAUCGAGAAAAUUAUUAUUGAUAAAUCAAUAGAAGGUUUAUCAGAGAAUGAUAAUUCGACUACUUCGAGGAGAUGCGACGAAAAAUUUUUACAUCCUUCCACUGACGACAAACAAAUUUUGGGAGAAAACGAAGUCUCUGUAAAUACGCGAAAGGCUGAUUUAGAAAAGGAACACUCGAACGAGCAAAUAUCGAAGGACGCGAACAUCGACGAUACGGAUACGAAGGAAAAGUCCUCAGCAAGUAUCGACUGCUCGAGUUAUCGCGUUACCUCCACAGCGUUGCCAUCGAUCAAAAUCGAAAACUCGACCCUGGGAGUUAUGAAGGUGUCGAAGGAGGAUUUUUCAUCGGCGAAGCAAAAGCGUGCGAGCUUUCAUAGCGGUACCAACCGAGCUUUCCUCGACCCAAUUAGAUCGCCAACGGAAUUCAGAUGGAAUUCCACGUCGGAUAAAAACGUACCGCAAAAGUCAGCAAUUAAUAAUCGUGCCACUGUGGAGAGAAGUCCUUUGAUUCGUACGACUGUAGAGAAUAAAGAGAAUGUUACUAAUGAAAGAGCCGUGCCAGAAGAAAACGUCCCUGAAUUUCGAUGCGAUUUGACUGGUGAAAAGGGCAUAAUGGAAGGAAUUGUUACAGAUGGUAAACUGUCUUGCGUAACGGAGGAAAACGAGCGGAUGAAAACAGUGAUCGAAACGAAGAAUGCUGCGGCAGACGAUGAAACGACGACUCGAAAAACAAACGAAGCGGACGAAUUUAAAUUGAUUGGAGAAACUCUGCCGAGCAGCACCGAGCAUAAAGACAGUUCUACGAUCGAUAAAGCUACAUUUUCAAAGAAUUCGUCGGAAGUGAGAUGUAGCUCGGUGAACGAGAGGGAUCCACCGUUGAAGAAGACGACAGAACACCAGAAGAUCGAUCAGAAAUCUAGAAGGACUAGCUCUGCGCCGCCACAACGACGGUACGAAUCGACUUCGGCCAGUAAUCGCGUUCACGUUAACAUUGUGAUCGAUUCAUCGGGGAAGAACAAGAAUCAGGGGAAGCAAGAUGCAGAUUGUAAAGAUAACGCGAUGGACAAAGUGGAUAUAACUUCGACGAAGAUGUCGUCAAAUCGAGCUGUAAGAUCGGCACCACUGAAGAGACGAUCCAGAAGCGCGAGAAGACGUUUCUGGGGCGGAGGUUCCUCUAAAAAUGACGAAGAUGGGAAAUCGGCUAACAGAUCGGCUGGUCGUGCGAAGAAUUCGAUCGAUUCCCGAACGAUGGACAUCGUUACAAUGGUGUCCCUUGUCAGUUCCACGGACAGCGAUAGCGAUACCGAGAAUUCGCUCAGGGAUGAUAAGUUAAUCGACGAGCUACGUAGCAAACUACCCACUACAUCGAUCAUUAAAACAUCGAUCAAUCAUUCCGCAUUGAGUAGCACAAGAAAACCUAUCAAAUCAGAAAGAUUCCUUCGACGAGAAUGCUCCAUCGAAAGAGCAACAACCCUUGUCACGGGAGGAGAAAAAAACGGCACAACCGUGGUUGGCGAUCGUUAACCAGCGUGGAAACGGAGCAACUUCGUCAAGCGAGGAAACAGUGUCCUGGAGGACGGACAUUACUAACAGUUCAGCCCUACCUAUCCUGGCAUUGAUUCACGACGUUGAAGAGCCUCUCGACGUCCCGUUGACUGAUCGCGAAAAGAGAUGCCUGGCCGUGCCUAUUGGUGAUCUACACGAUAGAAAACGGAAGUUACUAAAAACUCGUAGCACGCCAUCACGAUCCGGAAUGGACAAACAAACGACAUCCCUGAAAAUAAAAACGCAGGACUCGCCGAGGAGGAUCUCAGAAAAAAUGGAGGUUCCCGCCCAACAAACUAAAACACUCAUAAACAAUUGCCCUGCGAACAUAAAAUCAAAGGAAACUUUUCAACAUGUACAGUCUACAUCCACGGAACCACACUUUCGAUCCAGCAAAGAAAAAGAAUGUUGGCAUCUUUAUAAAAAAAUGUGCGACAAAGGUGUUUGCGUGUCUUUUGAUACGGUUUUAAGGUUUGAUGUGUAUAAUUACAAUAACUGAAUUAGUUUUUUAUAUUAUUUUUCCUAAGUUAUUAAUUUUAUAUUAUUUUUCCUAAAAUAGUUAAUUAAUAUUAUAAAAGAGAAAAAAUUAUUUUUCAGGGGCAUGCUUACACCAACAGAAUAUCGAUUAAGACAGAGGGAAGUUUCACAAAAUUUACAAUAA